CUAAGGAUUUUCUUGCUGGUUUAAUUAGCUCUUUGUUGUUGGAUCGAGGUGGUUAAAAAAGUCCCAGUCAAGGGAGGACUAUCAGUCUCCUGUUGAGUUUUUUUUUAUAAAGCAAGAGGUAAAAGAAGGGCCGAGUCACUUUUUAGUUUGGCACCGCUCUGAGGGCAUUUGCACCAACUUCCUCUAAACGCGAUCCCACGGAGAGGCAAAGGGAGGCCUUUUUUGUACAUUUCAGCAGAGUUACCUGUGAUUUUUUUUAAAAAAAUUGCCUUCUGAUUUAUCCUUGCGAUCCUGCAGGUUCUACAGGAAGAGCCGAGGCUAGGAUCAACUCCUCUAGCGAUGUUGGCCGCUACGUGCAAUAAAAUCGGCAGCCCGAGCCCGUCCCCGUCUCUGUCGGACAACGCGUCUUUCGGGAAAGGCUUCCACCCUUGGAAAAGAUCCGUCUCCAGUUGCAACAGCGGCUCCAGCCUGUCGGGCUUCGGGGCGAGGAACGGCGCAGGACUGUCCGACUCGUUCAGCGUCAGCUGCUCCUCGGGAGGCGGCGGCGGCGGCGGGGGGAGCGGCGGAGGGCCAGGGGGCAGCAGCGCUUUCUCGCUCACCUCCAACCCGGCUUCCAGCUCGCCGUUUGGCAACGAGUACUCGGUGUUUCCGUCGGCGAGCAGCAGCGGCGGCGGCUCCCAGGACGCCGGGCAGCCGGUCUUCAUCUCCAAGGUGCACACCACGGUGGACACGCUGCCCAACAGCCUGCAGGGCAUCUACCCGCGGGUGGGCAUGGCGCACCCGUACGAGCCCUGGUUCAAGCCGUCGCACCCGGGCAUCGCGGGCGAGGUGGGCGGCGGUGCCAGCGCCUGGUGGGACAUGCACCCGGGCGCGGCGGGCUGGCUCGACGUGCAGAACCCGAGCGGGCCGCUCGCCUCGCCGCUGGGCGCCUACAACUCGGACUACCCGGCGCUGGGCCACUCGGCCUUCAGCACGGCGGCGGCUAUCAGCGGCGGCUCGUCGCAUCUGCUGGCGGCCGGGGGCCAGCACCUCAUCGCCCAGGAGGGCUUCAAGCCGGUGCUGCCGCCGCCUUCCUCGUACCCGGAGCCCGCCCCGUCGCCGCUGGGCGGCAGCAACCCGGCCCUGGCGGCCGCCCCGGCCGGCUUGGGCACCGCCGCCCGCGGCUCUUCGGCCCGUCGCUACUCGGGCCGGGCGACCUGCGACUGCCCCAACUGCCAGGAAGCGGAGCGCCUGGGCCCGGCCGGGGCCAGCCUGAGGAGGAAGGGGCUGCACAGCUGCCACAUCCCGGGCUGCGGCAAGGUCUACGGCAAGACGUCGCACCUGAAGGCGCAUCUGCGCUGGCACACCGGCGAGAGGCCGUUCGUCUGCAACUGGCUGUUCUGCGGCAAGCGCUUCACCCGCUCGGACGAGCUGCAGCGCCACCUCCGCACCCACACCGGCGAGAAGCGCUUCGCCUGCCCGGUCUGCAACAAGCGCUUCAUGCGGAGCGACCACCUCAGCAAGCACGUCAAGACGCACCAGGCCAGCGGGCUGCCCGGAGCGGGAGCUGGGCCAGCCGCCACUGGGCCAGCCGCCGGGGCUGCUCCCGCCGCCGGGGCCGCCAGCGGCAGCAAGAAAGGCAGCGACACCGACAGCGAGCACAGCGUGCCCGGCUCCCCACGCUGCCCGUCCCCGGCCGAGCUGCUGCAGGCAGCAGCCCAGGGAGGCUCCGCCGCCGCUGCCCUCAACGGCCUCGACUGAAGCUGCGGGCGCACAGCAACAACAGCAACAAAUAGGGCUUGAACUUUGCAGCAGAGAUUGACGUGUAAGUACAACUUCCAAACUUACGGGGAGAGCUCUGUGACUGAGAAAUCAGCGCCGCCCGAACUCUGCUUUGCCUCAAGGCUGGGAGGCUGAGGACAGAAAUAAAGAAGGCACGCAUUUCAAACUCGCCUCCAUCCCCCACCCCCUCCCUCCACCACCUGAUUGUCUUUUCAGUCGCCUUUGCCCGCCUGAUUCUGGAAACCCCACUUGCAAUCCAGUUUAAAACUUCUGAUUUUCUUCACACCUCUGCGCACCCAUUUUCAAUUUCCUUUCCAAACCCAUGCCGGGACCGUGCACUGCAUCGAUGGGCUCACACACAGGCCCACACUGACUACAAGUAAAGCAUGUGUAUGGCACGGUAUGUUUUCGCCUCUGCACAGCGACUGUUCAAUCGGCCACCUUUUUUUUUGGGGGGGGGGCGGGGGUCCAAAAUCGAAUAUCUUGACUUCUGCAGUCGGGAAAGAUUUCUCUCAAUGCUUACCUAUUUUCCAAAUAUCUUUUCAUCCGAUCAAUAUUCACUCAGGGUGAGAGGAUCCGGUUUCUUUUUUUUUCUGUCCUCAACCGCCUGAAAAAGUUCCAACACUUGUAGCUGCAAGUGCAAAUUCUGCUUGUGCAGGAGACGAUUUGUAUGUAUAGUAUUUUUUCGCGUGUAAAUUCCUUGACGAGUAUUUCAACAUGUAUAUUAAGGUACUCAUUCCUUCCGUUGUCAAAAACAAGAAAUAAAAUGACGGACUGAUUUCAAAUACGAUUGACGGCGCCGUGUAGUGAAAAUAAUACGGAUUACAAGUUUGUAAAAUAUCUGCAAGACUUUGUAAAACUGGGGUCAGAAUUAAGAAUAGUUAAUUAUUAAAUAAUUACUCCACCAGUAUCUAGGUGAGAGACGUUAUUUGUCCAGGAGACGAUUUGUAUAGUAUUUUCCUGUAAAUUCUUCUGAAAAAAAAUUGAACAUAUAUAAGGGUAAAUUUAAGGGUUUUUUUUUAGUUGUUGUCAAGAAAGUUACAGUGAUUAUGUCGCUGCAGAAUUCAGUGCGAUUUUUCUGAACUUAUAUAUCUUAUAUAUCCAGAACGCACUUUGAGAACUUUAUUUCUUCUUUUUAUUUUGGAAUUGUGUAAAAAGAAAAUCUAAUAGAAUGAAGCAGACGAUGUUUGGUAAAUGUUGAAUGGCUUUUUAUUUUAUUUAAUGGAGCAUGUAUCGACUUCUUUGCAUAUACUGGCAGUCAGAUAGUUUAAAGGCAAAUUUCGCAUAUAUUUCGUAACAAGUGGGUUUCGCAGGAGACCCCGAGUUAUAGAAUAAAUCCUGGAGUAGAUCUGACCGGUUGUCUGCGUGUAUCUGAUUUUUUUAAUAGAAAAAAAGUAUUUAAACGAUCAUUUAAACUGGAAAAUAUAGGAGAAGAUCUUUAAAUAAACCACUCUAUGACGACAAAACUUGUAAACUACAAUUAGGUACACCUCUUAGAGUAACCCAGCGCUAUUAACAGGUCGAACGACACAGAGAGUACUAUAGGGUUUUGAACUCUGUCAUGUUCUGGGCACUUUUGAAGUGUUAAGUUCUCUCCACUCGAGAGUAAUUGUCCUGAGGCUGUAUUUAAUACAUUUUCUUUGUAUCUCGGCACAGACAUGGAAUUAAUUGUACCUGAAAUGUGUGUAUCAAAAUAAAAUAAUAUAUGUACAGCAAACCUCAACGAUCAAGCGAUAUUUUAGGCAUAAUUUUACAAAAGAUCUUUUUUUUCAUAUAAUGAGAUGUGAAAUAACCUACUUGUCUUUUCAGCACCUUUGUGUUUUAUUUGAGUGAUGUUUGCAGCGCCUGGUUUACAAGCUGUUGGGAUGGAAUGUAUGAAAUAAUACUGCGAUCGAAACGCUCCAAGAAUGAUUUCAAUUCAGACAGAAGCUUUGCACUUUGUUUUCGUUCCACUAAGCUAUGGGAAGAGACCCGGAAUAUGGAUUGACAGAAGCAAAGCAAAUACCUUCAGCAGAAAUGUGAAAUACUUUACUGUACGUUUAUUCAUCCUAUUGUUGUGGUUUAGCUAACAUCCCGAAGGGGGGAAAAAUCAACUCUGAGUAUCGUCUGCACGUCGAGUCAACUUGAUUAGAGAAAACAAAUCUUCAGAACUAAUGCUGUAACUUAUUUCGACAUUCCAGU